CACCCUCUCACUGGGGAGGGUAAAUAAAUAGCUUUUCUGGGUGCAUCUUCAGCUCUCAUUCCUCACAUUCAAACUCCACCCAUUGCACCAAUCACCCCCAAAAGCAUCAGCAGGUCUCCUGGCCCAGGUAUAAAACCCCAGGACAGGCCAGGACACCCCUCACAUAGUGUGUUAUUUGUCUCCAGGUGUUUAAUUUAUUGGAGCAGAGGAGUGGUAACAGGUGUCAGAAGUCACGAUGUCGGGUAAAAACUUCCAGGGACUGAAGGAACAGGCUGAAGGUGCAGCGAAAGGUGCUGAAAACACGCUGGGCCAGGCUGCUCAGGAUGCAGUCAAUCAGAUCACAGACGCAAGCCAGAAAGCUAUUGACAAGGCUUCCAAGAUGGCACAAGAUGGGGUAGAAAAAGCAACCGGACAAGCUGCAGAAGCAAUGUCAGGCUUUGGGAAGAAAUGUGGAUUUAAGAAAUGAUGCUAAUUUAAGCAAACAGUAUUGCAUGUAAAAAGCUCCCUUUGGUCUGCAAUUCCCUACUCCUUUGUGUAGAAAAAUGAAAGCUGUUGAUAUUUGAAUAAUUUCUUUCUCUUCAAAUAUAAAAUUUUAAGGCAGAAGGGCCCCCUCAUCCUUCACAUAGGAAAAAUACAUCUUUUAGCACAACUGCUCACAGUCUUCAAUAUGGCUCAAAGGCUUCGGCAAGCUCUUGCCCUACUCUUACAACAACGCAAUGAUUAUUGCCACAUCUGCUGAGUGUGUUUACAAAACCAGUGAAACUGUUCACACUCCAGGACACCACUAUGAUGAAACUGGGUGUCCUUCCAGUAAUCAACAGUUAAACUAGGGUUAUAUUUCUUGUCCAUUGUUUGUUUGUUCCCAUCUGCUGUAUUCUCGGAUUAAAAUAAAUAAAAGGUAUUGUAAGAGUCCCACCUCCUAGA